AUGACCUCACUUUGGCUGCUUCUCCUUCUUCUUCUUCACGCAGCUUCUGCGAGAAAGCUCACCAAGAAGGAAAAUGAGCAAUUGAAGAGAAUGUGCGGACUUGCAGAGUCACCAGAAGAUUUUUCGUCAACACGCAUGAGGCGCCGAGUCCCAGUCGAAGUUUCUGAAUAUCCCUUUGUUGUUUCAUUGCAUCGGAUUGUUCUUGGCGAGUGGGACGGAGAGACUCAAUAUAGGUACAGACGAAAACCAUCUUGCACCGGUGUGUUGAUUUCACCUCGUCACGUCCUGACGGCUGCACAUUGCGUGUGCUACCACUCUUCUAACUACGUCCAAGGGGUACCUCCAAGAUUAAAAGAACGCGGUGUUAUCAUUGAGAGCCGCAAUAUAAAUCCCGAAAUUUCAUCUAUAAUAGUUCACCCAGGAUAUAAUCCAACAGCUUCUUGUCCGCUUUCUUACGAUAUUGCUGUGAUAGAGCUGAAUGAGGAUGUGAAUGUUUAUCCUGUUUGUAUGCCCGAAGUGGAUUCUGUGAUUCUUAGACCAGACAGUGUAGAGUCCGUCGGAUACGGAAACGUAGAAAUGCAGUCAGUAUGGUACCAAGGUACUGCGUAUCGGGAUAGCAAACUUGGGACAAUCCAUGUCUACAGCAGUACGUCUAGUACCGUUUUUGGAGACAGCGGAGGUCCGCUUUUGCAGAACUUAAAGGGAAGAAAUUACGUUUUCGGAAUACUAUCUUGCGGCCAAAUUAAAAGGAUCGCGGGUUCAUAUGCAGGAAUGCAAAAGAAAAGAAAAGUUAGAGCCCGCUUCACGGAUGUACGAAGAUACCUACAAUGGAUUUGCAAGGAAACUGGAGUCUGUCCACUCUCUGGAACAAAUAGUCAUCAAAGGCAGCCAAUACCAUCGCCACCUCAGUCAGAUCUAUCUUUCGAAUUUUCGAUGAUGAUUUCGCCUUGGUUGCUUCUCCUUCUUCUCCUUCAUGAAACAUCUGCUGGAAGGCUCACUGAUGAGGAAAAUGAACUACGGAAGGAAAAAUGCAAGCCUGUUGACUCACAAGCGAAAACACGCUUCAAGAGGCGGCAACCAGUCGAAGCUUCUGAUUAUCCCUUUGCUGCUGCCCUCUCCUGGAUUGCUGUAGAUCAUAGCUACAUUGAUCAGUCGACAGGGAAGGCACCAGAAUCGCAUACGGAACCAAUGUGUAGCGGCGUGCUGAUUUCAACUAGACACAUCCUGACUGCUGCACAUUGCGUACACAUUGAUACCAAAGGAUCGUGUUCUCUAAAGUUACGCCCAGAGAGACGGCCAGUGGAAAGCAUCGGCUUUUCCCUUCAAAGCAACUGCACAGAAGCGAAAUGUUGGUAUGCAAGAAAUCCCUUUAAAUCUACGUCUGUAUUUGUUCACCCGGAAUACAAGACUUGCCAAGAUGAUGAAGAUUUUGCUGGUAUAAAUGCUGGUCAAAAUGACAUCGCAGUAGUUGAACUGAGAGAAAGCGUGAAUAAUGCGCCCAUUUGUAUGCCUGAGGUGGAUUUUGUAAUCUCUGAUCAAGAAGAAUUCGAGUCCAUUGGUUACGGGAGAGGGGAUGGUGAACAUGAAGGAAUACAGUCAGUAAGAUACGAUGUUGUAAAGGAAGGUGGAGAGGUUAUUCUCGCCUAUAACCUGACCUCGGAGAAAAAUGACGUCGUAGGUGGAGACAGUGGAGGCCCACUUAUUCGAAAAUUGAGAGGAAGAACUACCUUUUCGGGAUAG